CCGGUGGCGGGUCGGACCUCGACCAGCGCAUCGAACGCCCAUGGCGUCCAUCAUCCUCGCGGGAGUCAACCCCGUCGCGCGCUCGCUUCCCGCACGCCGCCGCGCGGUGGGCCGCGCUGCUGGCGCGAAGCUUGCGUUCGUUGCUAGUGCGGCUCCCGCUGGCCAUUCUUCUCGCGUCGCGGGCCCGGCUCCACGCGGUCCCGCGGCGUUGGUGAUGCCCGGCGCCGCGACCGUUCGAGGCGACCAGAUGAUGGCCCGCGCCACUGCGCUCGAAAUCAGCGCGCCAGCCGCCAACGACGAUAAGAAGCAGCUCCUGUUCAAAAUCGCCGUCGGCGUCACCGUCGCCGCUCUCGCUCUCGCGUUUCCUUGCGCCUCCCUCGCGGCUGCGAAGGCUAAGGGCGCGGUGGCCGCCGCGUAUCCCAUAUCCUUCCUCCCGUACACGCACAACCAGAUACUGCACGCCGUGAACCUCGGCUCGCUCCCCGCGUGGUUCUCCCUCCUGGUCCUGCCCCGGUGGCACAUGACGAAGAAGAUCACCGCGGCGGUCGCCGUGGCGUACUCCGUCCUGUACGUCGCCCUCGCGUACGCGCUCUUCUCGGAGUCGAUACUCUCCAUGGACUACUCCUCCCUGUCCACCACCCAGGGUUUGAGCAAGGCGUUCUCUGACGCCACCUCGGUGCUCGCGGGGUGGGCGCACUUCAUCGUGUUCGACCUGUGGACCGCGCGAUUCUUCGUCCUCGACUCCGGACGGUCCGGGAUCCCGCACCUCGCGAUCGUACCCGCGAUCCUCGGGUGCAUGUUCUUCGGGCCCGUCGGUCUCCUGACCUACCUCGCCGUGAAGAGGGUGUACGAGUCGCUGCAGAUGAGGAACCCGAUGUCCACCAAGACGUACAACUUCUGAACGAAGGUCGAGACGUGACGUAGCGCAUUUCCAUUAGACCCCCGAGGAUAACACUCACUUCUCCUUGGGGACUUUAGCUUAGCAUUGCUUAGCCGCCGCAGCUGUAUUACCAAGUCCUCUAAAAGU